UGUGAAGGAAUUAUGGUAUGGAGAACAACUGAGGCGCCUAAUUUUAAAAAGGGUCAUAAGGGGAAUUCCCUGGCAGUCUAGUGGUUAGGACUCAGCGCUCUCACUACCGAGAGCCGGGUUCAAUCCCUGGUCCGGGAACUAGGAUCCCACAAGCCACGAAGUGCGGCCAAAGGAAAAAAUAAAUUUAAAAAAAAAAUAAAGGGGGUCAUAAGCAUUGGGUGGGGGCCGCUGAGAAAGGGAGGAAUCAAGAUCUGGCAGGAACACUGGUUGCUGAAAUGAGACCUGGCCUGGAACUUGUCAGUCUACAAGUUUGAGAUUUUUUGGUUUUUAAGCCCCAGGUAUUGUUCUAAGCCUUGGUAAUCCGAUGGAGGUAAAAUAGCUACAGUUCAUGCCCUCAUCGAGAUUUUGUUCUAGUGGGGAAGGCAGAGCUAAAAAUAAAAUGUCAGAUAGUGAUAAAUACUAUAUAGGAUGAAAUCUAAAUAACAAGAAAGCUAGCCAUGCAAAUAGCAGGGUGAGAAAAAUGCCUUUCGGAACUGAGCUUGGCAAGUUAGAAAACAGUAAUAGAAAAGAAGCCAGUGUGAUUGGUGCACUGUAGGCGAGAAGGAGAGUGGUGUGAGGUAGGGUUAGAGAGGUAGGCAAUGGCCAGACAACAUAAAGCAGGGCACUGAGUUGGAAUGUUAUACCGUGUGUGAUGAGAAGCCAUGAUUUCAUUUAUGCUAACUUGUGGCAAGUGGAUUGUGGUUGGGGCAGUGGUAGGAUCAGGGGUCCUGGUCAGGAGGGCUACUGGUGCAUUAGUCCAAGUGAGUCCUGGUACUGACUUGAACUGGAGUGAGAGAGGAAAGGACGUGGACAGAUUUGGGAUAUGUUUGGAAAUGGAUUCGCUGGCAGAUUGGGUAUUGAGAGGGCUCAGGGAAGGAAAAAUUAAGAUCGACUCCUGUGUUUUUGACUUGAGCAACAGAUUGGAUGAUGGUGGUGUUAACCGAGAUGGGGAAAAUGGGGGGAACCACAGGUCUGGAGAAACGAUAAAUCAAAAUUUCUGUUUUGGCCAAAACAGGCUAUCUGUGUUUAUGAGACAUCUAUAUGGCAAUGUCACCUAAACAUUUGAAUGUACUAGUUUGGAGUUUCAGGGAGAGUCAGAGUUGGAUAAAGUUAUGGAAUCUGUUGGCAGAUAGUAACUCGAAUCAUGUGAAAUUGCCAUUUUGAGUCAAACAUGGUUGAAUGCUGGCAGUUUCAUAAUAGAUUGUAUUUAAAGCCACAGGUCUGGAUGAAGUCUCUUAGGAAGAACAUUUAGAGGGAAGAGAACAAAGGGCACAGUCUUGGGCACCCACCAUUGAGAGGUGGAGCAGAAGAGUAGGAGCCAGCACAGGUGACCGAGAAGGAGCAACCAGAAGGGAGAGGAGUAUCGGGAGAGCGGCGUCAAGAAGCCAAGAGAGGAGGGUGUUUCAAGAGGUAGAGAAUGAAUAAGUCAAAUGCUGCUGAGAGGUCGAAUAAGCAAAGGACACCUACAGAGAUGUCCUCAGUCCUUCACUUCUAUGUCCGUCCCUCUGGCCACGAGAGGGCAGCCUCUGAAUAUACUCAAAGGAAACUGCAAGGGGAACUGCCAGAGCUGCAGGGUGUCCAGACCGAGCUGUGCUACAACGUGAACUGGACAGCUGAGUCCUCCCCGAGCGCCGAGGAGAUGAAGAAGCUGACAUGGCUGUUUGGCUGCCCCUUGUUAUUGGACGAUGUCGCUCAGGAGUCCGGGCUCCUUCCCGGCUCCACUGACCUGCUGCUGGAGGUCGGGCCCAGGCUGAACUUCUCCACGCCAACAUCCAGCAACAUCGUGUCAGUGUGCCAGGCUGCGGGGCUGGGGGCCGUGGACCGCGUGGAGCCGACCCGACGCUACCUGCUCUCGUUUGCCCACCCGCCUUCGGCUGAGCUGGAGGCCAUCGCCCUGGCUACCCUGCAUGACCGGAUGACGGAGCAGCACUUCCCCUGUCCCAUCCAGAGCUUCUCCCUGGGGUGCAUCCCAGCACCCCUCGGCGGCCCAAUUGACAUAUUGGCCGAGGGCCGGGCUGCCCUGGAGAAAGCCAACCAGGAGCUAGGUCUGGCCCUAGACUCCUGGGACCUGGAUUUCUACACCAAGCGCUUCCAGGAGCUGCAGCGGAACCCCAGCACUGUGGAGGCCUUCGACUUGGCUCAGUCCAAUAGUGAGCACAGCCGACACUGGUUCUUCAAGGGCCGACUCCACAUGGAUGGGCAGGAGCUGGCACACUCGCUGUUUGAGUCCAUCAUGAGCACCCAGGCAUCCUCGCACCCCAACAACGUCCUCAAGUUCUGUGACAACAGCAGUGCAAUCCAGGGGAAGGAAGUCCAAUUCCUGCGUCCCGAGGACCCCUCACGGCCAAGCUGCUUCCGGCAACGUCAGGGGCUGAGACAUGUCGUCUUCACGGCAGAGACCCACAACUUCCCCACGGGAGUAGCCCCCUUCAGCGGUGCGACCACUGGCACAGGGGGCCGGAUCCGAGAUGUCCAGUGCACAGGCCGCGGGGCCCACGUGGUGGCUGGCACUGCUGGCUAUUGCUUUGGAAACCUGCACAUCCCAGGUUACAGUAUGCCCUGGGAGGAUCCAAGCUUCCAGUAUCCUGGGAACUUUGCCCGACCCCUGGAGAUUGCCAUCGAGGCCAGUAAUGGGGCUUCUGACUACGGCAACAAGUUUGGAGAACCAGUUCUGGCUGGCUUUGCCCGUUCCUUUGGCCUCCAGCUCCCAGAUGGCCAGCGGCGUGAGUGGAUCAAGCCCAUCAUGUUUAGUGGAGGCAUUGGGUCCAUGGAAGCUGAGCAUGUGAGCAAGGAGCCCCCAGAGCCAGGCAUGGACGUUGUGAAGGUUGGGGGUCCUGUCUACAGGAUUGGAGUUGGGGGCGGAGCUGCUUCAUCCGUGCAGGUGCAGGGAGACAACGCCAGCGACCUGGACUUUGGGGCUGUGCAGCGGGGAGACCCGGAGAUGGAACAGAAGAUGAACCGUGUGAUCCGGGCUUGUGUGGAGGCCCCCAGAGGAAACCCCAUCUGCAGCCUUCAUGACCAGGGCGCCGGUGGCAAUGGCAACGUCCUGAAGGAGCUGAGUGACCCAGCUGGAGCCGUCAUUUAUACCAGCCGCUUCCAGCUCGGGGACCCGACCCUGAACGCCCUGGAAAUCUGGGGGGCCGAGUACCAGGAGUCAAAUGCACUUCUGCUGAGGCCCCCCGACCGGGACUUCCUGAGUCGUGUCAGCGCCCGGGAACGCUGCCCAGUUUGCUUUGUGGGCACCAUCACGGGAGACAGGAGGAUAGUGCUGGUGGAUGAUCGGGAGUGUCCUGUGGGAAGAGAUGGCCAGGGGGAUGCCCCCCCAACACUUCCCCCGACCCCUGUGGACCUGGAUCUGGACUGGGUGCUGGGCAAGAUGCCCCGGAAGGAGUUCUUCCUCCAGAGGAGUCUCCCCGUGCUGCGGCCCCUGGCCUUGCCCCCAGGGCUGAGCGUGCGCCAGGCCCUGGCACGGGUCCUCAGGCUGCCUGCGGUGGCCAGCAAGCGCUACCUCACCAGCAAGGUGGACCGCUCGGUGGGCGGCCUGGUGGCGCAGCAGCAGUGUGUGGGACCCCUGCAGACCCCUCUGGCAGACGUGGCAGUGGUGGCACUGAGUCACCAGGAGCUUGUCGGGGCCGCCACAGCCCUGGGAGAGCAGCCAGUCAAGAGUCUGCUGGACCCCAAGGUUGCCGCCCGGCUGGCCGUGGCCGAAGCCCUCACCAACCUGGUGUUUGCUCUGGUCACCGACCUCCGGGACGUGAAAUGCAGCGGGAACUGGAUGUGGGCGGCCAAGCUCCAGGGGGAGGGCGCGGCUCUGGCCGACGCCUGUGGGGCUGUGGCGGCUGUGAUGGCGGCCCUGGGUGUGGCAGUGGACGGUGGCAAGGACUCCCUCAGCAUGGCCGCCCGGGUUGGCGCUGAGACCGUGCGGGCUCCUGGGUCGCUGGUCAUCUCAGCCUAUGCUGUCUGUCCAGACAUUACAGCCACUGUGACCCCAGACCUCAAGUGUCCCGGAGGGAGAGGCCACCUGCUCUACGUGCCUCUGAGUCCUGGGCACCAUCGGCUCGGGGGCACAGCUCUGGCCCAGUGUUUCUCCCAGCUCGGCGAGCAGCCUCCCGAUCUGGACCUUCCCGAGAACUUGGUGCGAGCCUUCGGCAUCACCCAGGGGCUGCUGAAAGACCGCCUCCUCUGCUCAGGCCACGAUGUCAGUGACGGAGGUCUCAUCACCUGCCUGCUGGAGAUGGCCUUUGCUGGGAAUUGUGGGAUAGAGGUGGCCGUCCCUGCCCCUGGGGUCAAUGCACUGCCUGUACUGUUCGCUGAGGAGCCAGGCUUGGUGCUGGAGGUGCAAGAGCCAGACCUGGCCCAAGUGCUGACACGUUACCGGGAGGCUGGCCUCCACUGCCUGGAGCUGGGCCGCACGGGUAACGCCGGGCCCCACGCCAUGGUCCGGGUAUCAGUGAACGGGGCUGUCGUUCUGGAAGAGCCCGUUGGGCAGCUACGAGCCCUCUGGGAGGAGACCAGUUUCCAGCUGGAUCGGCUGCAGGCAGAGCCCAACUGUGUGGCCCAGGAAGAAGGGGGGCUGAGGGAGCGGACGGGGCCCACCUACUGCCUGCCCCCCACCUUUCCCAAAGCUUCUGUGCCUCAUGAGCCUGGUGGUCCCACCCCCCGAGUUGCCAUCUUUCGAGAAGAAGGCAGUAACGGAGACCGGGAGAUGGCCGAUGCCUUCCACUUGGCUGGGUUUGAGGUGUGGGACGUGACCAUGCAGGACCUCUGCUCUGGAGCAGUCAGGCUGGACACGUUCCAAGGCAUGGCCUUCGUGGGCGGCUUCAGCUACGCCGAUGUCCUGGGCUCUGCCAAAGGGUGGGCAGCCGCGGUGACCUUUAACCCCCAGGCCGGGGCUGAGCUGAGGCGCUUCCGGCAGCGGCCAGACACCUUCAGCCUGGGCGUCUGUAACGGCUGCCAGCUGCUGGCCCUGCUGGGCUGGGUGGGAGGCAGUCCUGGUGACGAGGCGGCGGAGAUGGCCCACGGGUCCUGGCCGGCCCGGCCCGGUCUCCUGCUGCGCCACAACCGGUCAGGGCGCUUCGAGUCGCGCUGGGCCAGCGUGCGAGUGGGGCCCGGGCCGGCCCUGAUGCUGCGAGGGAUGGAGGGUGCGGUGCUGCCCGUGUGGAGCGCCCACGGGGAAGGUUACAUGGCAUUUUCUUCCCCGGAACUCCAAGCCCAGAUUGAGGCCAGGGGCUUGGCUCCGCUGCACUGGGCAGACGAUGACGGCAACCCCACGGAACAGUACCCCCUGAAUCCCAACGGGUCCCCAGGGGGCGUGGCUGGCAUCUGCUCCCCCGAUGGCCGCCACCUGGCUCUCAUGCCUCACCCUGAGCGAUCUGUGAGGCCUUGGCAGUGGGCGUGGCGACCCCCUCCAUUUGACACUCUGACCACCUCGCCCUGGCUCCAGCUCUUCAUCAAUGCCCGAAACUGGACCCGGGAAGGAGGCUGCUGAGCAGGCCGGACAGACUCCCCUGGGCCCCGUGGUUUUCACCCACGGUGUCUUUAGAAGUACCUCAUAUUAUUUCUGUAUGUCUUGGACAGACAAGGACCAAAAUGCCCAAAAAAAACCUUGGCUAAUUUUAUGAAUCUGUCUAUGCCUUA